CUCUCUUCGAUUAACUUACUCCACAGAUAAUCCCUACUCUCUCUCCCACUAAUCUCAUAUAUAUUAAUCUUAAUCACCACCCACUUCCACCUCCAUAAUUUGGUACGUUGGUUACGCAGUGGUAUAUAUCCAUCUCUCGAGAAGUGUUGCAAAUUAAAGAACAAAAAAAAAGGUGACACAAAAGUAUUACCAAGCAAGAAGAAGCAAAGAUGGGACGUCAAGUCAUUGUUCUUGCCCUAGUAUUUGUAGCCAUUACUGGUGUUUUAGCACAAGAACCAAUCGCAUCACCACCCGCCCCCUCCCCGGCCUCCUCCCCUGACGCCACCACCUCACCAUCACCUUCCAGCUCGUCAGCUCCUUCUCCCAGUGGUGGUGACGCCAGCACUCCGGCCUCAGCCCCAAGCCCCGCUAACGAUGUAUCAUCCGCUCCUUCUCCCCACAGCGGCGAUGCAGCUGCUCCUGGAAGCAUGGCCACCGAUGAGACGCUUGAGAUCGCGGCUGCCCCAGAAGGCGAGGCCGCAGCUAAGGGACCCUCGGACGCUGAGGAGGAUUAUCCCACUGAUGAUCUCUCAAGGCUCAUAAAAAACUGAGGAGCCUCUAAUUAUCAAAUUAAUUGAAUUGAUUGAGCUUUUAUCUUUCGUUAUAGAGUCUCUCCAUAUGUAGACUUAAUUAUGAAUAAGUACGAGAAAGAUCAUCAACCUGUAUUUUGCAUUUUUUUUUUUCCGUCCUCUCCUGACAUGGAUUUUUUUUUAUUUUUUAUUUUUGUAUCCUUUGUACUAGCUAUUUUAUUUGAUCAGUAUGUACUAAUUUCAAGUUAAUCUUUAUAUUUAGAAUACUAGAACUAUUGUGUAACUUGAAUUUUCACUUGGAAAAACGAAUUGCAUGGUAAGCUAUUUGUUAGCAAUAAGAAUUAAAGAAGCAUACAGCAAAUUUAUGUGAACAUAAUUGUUUUGGAAUCUGCAUGCAUGUACGCCUACGCCUGAGUCCUGACACAAUUUUCCUAUCAAGUUUAUAUGAAUUGUUGGAAGUUAAUUGGAACAUAUGUAUGAUUGUAUCAAUGUUUAUGUUAUCAGAAAUUGUUUUAGGACGAUACUUGCA